UCAGUCACGUGAUCCGCGCAGGUCUGGAUAAAGCGCUGCUCGGGACUACACGGUCUAUUCGGAUUCCUACGAGCCCACUGUGAAUUGUUAUUUUUUUCAUGAUAACAAAAUUUACACAGAGAGAGAGAAAAAAUAAAUAGACGCUGAGAAAAUAAAAAAAUCUCUCGACAUAAAUCUUGGUUUUAUUUCGACGCGCGCUCAUAUUCGGCAGGUCAUCUUUAAUCGUCGUGAGAUCCCACCGUGUGGGAAUGGGAAAUGAUGGAGGAUAAAGGCCCUCGUGUAGCCGACUACUUUGUGGUUGCAGGCCUCACUGACUCGUCCAAGCCUCUUGAGGAGGAGCUCCACUUUGAUGAUGCCGGUCCUAAGUCUGUGAAAUCCAAGGCCCCCAUCACCGAUGUAGCUGUUGUGAUCCGUUCCCUCGGUGAGGAGGUUCCCCCGGGUUUCACCUGUGUGGAAAGCACCCCCUCAGGCCUCUCUGCAGAGCUCAAUGGAGCCAGCCUGAGGGGCCCGCAGAUCUUCUUGUGCUUUAAGCGAGGCAGAGAUAAGCCUCCACUGACAGAUCUUGGGAUUCUGUAUGAGUGGAAAGAGAAGCUGAAGUCUGGAUGUCACAUCGUCCAGACCACGCCCUCAGGUCGCCCUGCCAACAUCAGCAACUCGUCAUCCCAGCGCAUCUACAUCACCUACCGUCGCGCCCCAAAGAGCCAGCCCCACACUUCACUGGCUGUCACUGAUGUCUGUAUCAUCAUCCCUGGCAAGGGGGAAACGCCCCCUCAUACCUUCUGCAAGGUGGACAAGAACCUCAACAGCAGCAUGUGGGGAUCAUCAGUGUACCUUUGUUAUAAGAAGUCUCUGGCUAAAGCAAACACAAUCGCAUACAAAGCAGGUCUGCUGUGUAGGUACCCUGAAGAGGACUAUGAGUCCUUCCCACUGCCUGAGUCAGUGCCUAUGUUCUGCCUGCCAAUGGGGGCUACAGUUGAGUGCUGGCCAGCACACACCAAGCACUCUCUACCUGUAUUUUCCACAUUUGUACUGACAGGGGCUUCUGGAGAAAAGGUGUACGGAGCAGCCAUCCAGUUCUAUGAGCCUUACUCGGAGGAGAACCUGUCUGAGCGUCAGCGCUCACAGCUUGGCUUGCCAAGCUCUGAUCUUGGAGCUGAUGGAACCAGGAGUGUUUACAGCAACAAGAGCAUCUGUCUGCUCUCACACUGGCCCUUCUUCCAGUCCUUCAGGAGCUUUCUCACCUUCCUCUACCGAUACUCCAUCUCUGGACCACAUGCCCUGCCUAUUGAAAAGCACAUCUCUCACUUCAUGCAAACUGUGCCAUUCCCAUCCAUUCAGAGACCACGCAUCCUUGUGCAGCUGUCUCCACAUGACAGCCUGAUGCUGAGCCAACCUGUGUCCUCUCCACUGCCUCUCAGUGGUGGAAGCCUCUCCACGUUAUUACUGAAUCUGGGCCCAAAGAAUGCAGCCACUCUGCUGGUGCUGGCUGUCACAGAGCACAAGAUCCUGGUUCAUUCCUUGCGUCCAGCUGUGCUCACCAGUGUUACAGAGGCCCUUGUGUCUAUGAUCUUCCCUUUCCACUGGCCGUGCCCAUACAUCCCUCUGUGCCCGCUAGCACUGGCCGACGUGCUCAGCGCACCGUGCCCUUUUAUCGUCGGUGUGGACUCCAGAUACUUUGACCUUUACGUGCCCCCAGCUGACAUCAGCUGUGUGGAUCUGGACACCAACACAAUCUCUCAAAAAGAUGACAAGAAGGCUUUAACGUGGAAAAUCUUGCCCAGGAGAGCCUGCAAGCAUCUUCUGAAUACACUGAAUAAGCUUUAUCAGCAGCUCACUGAAGGUGGUCAGCUGAACCGUGAAGAUGUGCAGAUGGAGCACACAGUAACUGACAGUGAGCUCAAUGGUGGGAAGAGCCUCCACACUCUGGAGCUGGAGAUCCAGGAGGCCUUCCUGCGCUUCAUGGCCGCCAUCCUACGAGGCUACCGCUCAUACCUGCUGCCCAUCACACAGGCCCCCUCUGAGAAGACCACCGAUGCAAGUUCCCUCUUUGACCUCCAAGGCUUCCUGAAAAGCCGAGACCGCUCCAAUCAGAGGUUUUACUCCCUCAUGACCAAGACUCAGAUGUUCAGCCGUUUCAUAGAGGAAUGCUCGUUUGUCAGUGAUAAAGACGCCAGCCUGGCUUUCUUUGAUGAGUGUGUUGAUAAGCUUUUCACCGCUGGAGGCAAGAUGGACAGCGAACGACCAGAGGAAACCAGACUGAUUGAACUGGAUGAAUCUCACCGCAGUGAGCACACGGUCUAUGUCAACCCCCCAGAGCUGCCUCCACUACCACAGGGAGAAGAGCAUCCUCUGUGCUAUAGCUACUCUGGGUUCCCUGUGCUGAAUGCUGAGCUUUUGGAGCCGCUGGAGGGACCAAAUCCUCCAUCAGCAGGCAUGGCAACACGCCACAGCAGCCCAGCCAGCCCUACAGCAAUCUUUAGACGCUCUAAACAGGAGAUCAAAUCAGCUCAAAGGAUGGCCAAAACCUAUUCAUCUAUGCCUCAGAUGUGGUCCAAGUGUCUGCUGCGCCACUGCUACGGCCUGUGGUUCAUCUGCCUACCGGGGUUUGUCGGCAGCUGCCACUCUAAGGUGCGGGCUCUGCGUAUGGCUUAUGAUGUGCUGAGGAAGAUGCAGGACAAGAAGCUGCAGGCUCCAGAUGAGGUUUGUUACCGUGUGUUGCUGCAGCUGUGUGGACAGUACAGCCAGCCAGUCUUGGCUGUGAGAGUGUUGUUUGAGAUGAAGAAAGCUGGAGUUCAACCCAAUGCCAUCACCUAUGGGUACUACAACAAGGCGGUGUUAGAGAGCACCUGGCCCUCUACGACUAGAGGAGGCUACUUCUUGUGGGUAAAGCUGAGGAACGUGGUCUUAGGUGUGCUCCAGUUCAAGCAGGCAGGAAGAAAACAACAGACUCCGCAGAGAGAUCCUCAGCUUUCAGAUGGCAGUGAUCUCGACACAGUCAGUCAUGGCAGUUUGGAUAGUGCUAAUGACUCUGCUGAGCGCACCUCCAUCGACACUGACUUCACUAAAAUGGACUCCAGUGACGAUGGAUUCAGUACAGGUGGACAGUCAGAUCAAGGCUACGAUUCACUGUCUAAAGAAGAGGAGAGGAUGUGCAGCAGAGAGAGCGACAGCACAACAAUGGUGGAUGACAAAGGGCUGAGGCAGUCAACACCUGAAAUCGAGGUUCCAAUCAGCAAUCCCCCUACGAGAACCUGCAAAUCAACAGAAGUCAGUACAGGCAAUGGCAGCAGGCUAGUUUCCAGUCCAUCUAGCGACACCUUUAUGUGUGGAGUUCUUCCAAAGACAGAGAGGCCAAAAUCUCUGGAUUUGUCUGGUGGGCAAGGAAGUCUGAGACUCACUGUCCCUCAACUCAGCUCGACUAAGCAGCAUCACCUAGGAGCUGACAGACUGCAUGGGGUAGAAGAAGAAGAGACAGAGACUGAUAAACAGAAACCUCAGCUGGAGAGGAGUGUCAGCUGCAGCAGUUCAGCGGAGAGGUCAGGUGCGUUUAGACAAAGGAGUGUCAGCUGCAGUGCUGGGACUGUAAAGAGAACAGGUAUUGAGACGGGGUUUGAUCCCCUGUCACUGAUGACAGCAGAUACAGUACAGGAGUGUGACGAGGAAAACGGCAGUAGAUCCACGGCCCGCCGCGACCUCGCCGAAGAGAUUGAGAUGUACAUGAAUAAUGCCAGCAGCCCCUUGAAGGACCCCUCAAGCCCUUUGUUUCGCUCGUCCUCAUCUCCUCACACCUCCCCGCGACCGUCCACCCUGCUCCGCUCCAACACAAACCUGCCGCUGCCUGUCAAGUCCAAGGAGAGGCUAAGGUCAUCUCCGUCUCUUCCUCUGGGUGUUUGUAAUAAAGAUGGGAGGGAGAGGCCUUCCUCCUUGGUGUCACCUUCAUCACCGACUCCCUCCAGCUCAUCGUUCUCCAUGGAUUCACUGUUCACUCCAACUCUGGACAUCUUCAAAUGCAGUGUCAUAUCAGCAGGGAAGGGCGUGGCAGAGAAGGCCAGCCGCCUCUACUCUCGCCUGUCCUCCCAGACUUCAUUAACACAGGAUGCAAACUGUGACCGGAUUAGUGUAUCCUCACUGACCUCUGGAGAGGCAGACUGCUCCUCACUGCUCGAUAAUGACUCCUGUCUGGAUCCAGAUGGCUUUACCUCCCCCCAGCAUGGCAGCAUGUCUAGACUCAGGAGAAGCCCUGUUGUGGGUCAUGCCAACCUGGGCAGCCCCAGCACCCCCAACAGAGUGUUCAGACACAACUCCUUCUCCGGUGGUUUGGCACUACCCUCUAAAAUUCCUCACACUCCAGAUUCCUCCCCCGACACCAACCGCUUCCAACCCACUCCCAACUACACCAUAGAGGUGUUGAUGUCCAGCUGUUCACUCUGUAAGACGUGUGACUGUCUGGUCUAUGAUGAGGAAAUCAUGGCGGGCUGGACAGCAAAUGACUCCAACCUCAAUAGCACUUGUCCGUUCUGCGGCACAGCCUUCCUACCUUUCCUAAAUGUGGAAAUCAAAGAUCUGAGACCACAGAGCAGGUCUGCUAAGGAAAUUAAUCCUGUUACAGAGGAGGACAUGUCAGCGUCACUCAAUCCCGAGGCAGACUGUGCAGCUCAGACAUCUGCAGCUCCCCCGCAGAAGCAGGAGAGCAGCGCCUCAGCCUCGGGUCCAGUGACCGUGCCCUACCUCAGUCCUCUGGUCCUGUGGAAGGAGCUGGAGAGCUUGCUAGUCAAUGAAGGCGACCAGGCCCUGUCCUCCCCUAGUGUUGUUGACCAACACCCCAUUGUUUUCUGGAACCUGGUGUGGUACUUCAGAAGGCUGGAGCUGCCGAGUAACCUGCCUGCUCUUAUCCUGGCCUCCCAGCACUGUAGCCAUGGAGACCAGACUCCCCAUAGUGUUUCAUCUGAGGACAGUAAGCAGGUGCUUGUGAGGAUUAUGUGGGACAACCUAAAGUUACACCAGGACAAAGUUCAACCCUGCUAUGUCCUGUGGAACACACAUUGUGCAAACUCCCUGGUUCGCUCUGGGCUCUGUGAAGAAGGCCAGCUCUUCACUGUGGAGCUACUGCAGGGUUUUGUGAGGAGCAUAAAGAAGAGUGAUGUCUAUCAGCCCAUGAGCCAGAUCAUCCAGCUACUGGGGCCAGAGCUUGGUUUUAAAAGACAGAGGAGCCUGUACCGAGAUUUAUUGUUCCUUGCUCUGGUGGCUUUGGGCAAGAACAACAUUAAUAUAAAUGCUUUCGACCGAGAGUACAAAUUGGCAUAUGAUCGCCUCACCCCCAACCUGGUUAAACUGACACAUAACUGUGACCGGCCACCUGGAGCAGGGGUCAUGGAGUGCAGGAAAACCUUUGGGGAACCCAGUCUGUGAACUACUUCUCUUCUUCUGUCCCCAUAUGUUUUUCCUUCAGCCACGGUCACUGCUGCUGUUUUUCUUUUUACUUUCCUUUCGGACUGCUCCUCAGACUCAGGACCAGCUCACCUGACUGGAGCACAGACCUCUUAAGCACAAUGGGAAAAUGACACUUAAAGUAAAGCAACUGCCAUGAGUUUCUUGUAUACUGUUAGUGCUGCAAGGCGUGGAGUGACAGGCUUGUGUUUGUAAAUACUUAGAAAGUACAACUGUAUUUUCAGUAUAACAAUAGUAAAAUGUUUGUACAGUUAUUAUACAGUCUAUUUUAUGACUUUGUUUCUGUUGAAGCUGUGACGAAGUAUGUAAAAUUAAGUCUAUGAUCACGUUGUGGUCCUGGUGACCUUGUUAAGACUGUUGUUGAGUGUGUGUAUAGUACCUACUUCCUUUUGGACAUUCAUGUUUUUACAAAGCACUUUGGCAAGACGAGCUCUUGUCAUUCACUGUCAUUUAUGCGACGCUGUGACCCAGCAGCCUACGCUUAAGUGACUUUUUAUUUGACAGCUGCAGGACAUACUGUACAUGCAGUUAUUCGUCCUCACCUGCACCCUGUACACCUCGCAGGGCAAUGCUCAUAUGCCUAAAUACACUAAACCUGGCAACAUCAAAAGAUUUUAAAACAUA